AUGGCCCGAUCCGCACGGGCUGCCGCGGUCCUGGCGGCCUGCGCGCUGCUGAUAGCGACAGCGGUCCACCCCUGCCGGGCAGCCGACACCGCCGCCGCCCCCGCCCCGUCCGCCGAGGCCGACCUGCCGCUCUCCGCUGGCAGCAAGCCCGGCCUGCCGCCCGCCUCGCUGCCGCCCGGCGCCACCCGCGUCCUCACCGUCCCCGCCGCCGGCGCCGCCGCCGAAGCUGCCGCCGCCGCCGCCGCGGAGCGGCUCGCCGCCGACGGCGCCCGCCGCCGCGGCCGCCCCCACUUUCACGGGGUGCCCGUCCCGCUGGCGGGCUCGGCGCUCCUGCUAGGAGAGCUCAGCCAGGGCGCGACCCCCUCCGUCAUCACCGUUGAGGACGACCCCUCCCCUACCGACGCCCCCGCUGCCGCUGACGGCCCCGGCCCCUUCGACUCCGCAGCGCAUGACCUGGAUUCACACCUCGCCGAACUGGUCGCGUCCCUGCGCCCCACGCUUGACAGCGCGGCCGCCAUACGCAUGGCAGAGCCCGCCGCUGCCGCCGGCCCGGCGCCCGGCGGCGAGGCGCCGUCCGCGGCGCCUUUGGUUUAUGAGUUCGAUGAUGACCACGAUCCCGGUUUCCUCGACAUGAUGCCGAAGGGGGGCAUCGCUGACCUGGACAAGCUUGCCAAGGAAGCAGUGACCACAGCAAACGAGGCCCUGGGCCACGUCGCAGACGCGGUCAAACACGCCGUGGACUCGGUCAAACUCGCCGUCAGCGACGCCGAGGGCGAGGCCGCGCCGGAGGCUUCUGACAAGAAGUACUUUAUGGGGUGGCUGGGCGGUGACGGCAAGUGGGUGCCCACCGAUGCCAAGGGGGAGGUGGCCGCCCAGGCGGCGCCAGCCUACUACGUGACUUUCAGCCCGUCCUUUGGCGUCGAGGUUUGGGAGGUCGACCCGGCCUUCUGGCCGUGGCCGGCCUACAAUGAAAGCGAGAGCAGCGACGGUCUCCCCGACUGGUUCCCGCCCUUCGAGGCCGGCGGCAACGCCGGCUACGACUACUGA